CCAUCGAGCGGUGCGUUCGCCAUGGUCGGCCAACAGAGGCGCUGCUCGCUUCGGUCCGCUUCGGAACGGGCAGAUAGUCGUGAGCCCGUCUGCGGUGCGGACGAUCGUGCGACGCCGCUGCUCGUAUCCCUUCGCUCGCGGCGCGUGUGCGUCUGAAAACCCGUGGUGCUUGUCCUUGGAAAAAGAAACGGCCGAGAGAGAGAUGCUGGUUGCUCAUCCGGGCGGUUUGCGCGCAUUCCUGGAGCGAGGCGACGGGUCCCCGGGGCCGCGAGAGGGCCCGAUUCCGUGGCAGUGACUCAGACCCUUUUACUUUUACCUCGUGCCGGAGUGUCCCUAUCCCGUGAUAUCCGUGUCGUCUCGAUCUCUCGAUACUCGUCUUGAUCGUCGCGUUUUCUCGUUGCCGCGACGCGUCGAGCAUUCGGCCCGAGUCCGUGGGCCCGUCGCGCGGGUCGGUGCCGUUCCCCGCAUUCCUCAGCCCAUUAUCUCCGCGGUCGGAUUGCCCGUGGUCGUCGAGUGUUGUUUCGGUUAGGAACCAGGUGAUUAACAGGUGCUCCGAAGGUGAUACCACCCCCAGAAAGUGAUAGGUCCCACGGCAGUCUGUUCGUGUGGUGCGGCUGCUGCGCAGAGGUCAGCGAUAAACGGCUGCCGAGAACGAGCGUCGAUAGAGGGAACGCUGGACGCGGCUCGCUAUCUGCUGCUGCCAGCACUCCGAGAAGACCGUAUUUGUUUUUCGCGAUACACGUGCUCUCGGAUCGCUGCUCGGUUAUAUUUAGAGGGCUCUGGGCCUGGCCGAGCAAUUCGGGGCCCUCGACCGCGGUCGCGCCUGGAUCCCUCUCCGCCGGACCGUAAGGUAAAUUCGAGGACACUCCCGCCGGUGGACCACCGACUGGUACGUUCGGAGUAACUUCGGGGCCUGGUCGCACACGUGUGGCACACAUUUUAUGGUGUCCUCCUGGUUUGAUUUACGGCGGAAACGAGGACCGAGUCGCGCGAUCUUCGUGCAACGAGCAAUAGAGCCCCGUAGACGACUAGGACGUGUUUCGAUCUAGGUGGCCGCUAGAGGAUCGACUCUUCUAGGAUGCUCGGUCUUGCGCAGAAUUCGGGCGGCAGCUCGGCGGUACUUCGAGGCCAUUGAUAUGCGAGCAGGGGAGACAUGUUGAACGCGGAGAAUCUCGAGGAGUCCCCGAAGCGGCGGUCGACGUUCUACGUGUCGCUGGACGGCGAGGCCCGGCACCCGUCCAAGAUCCCGAAGACGAUCAGCGCCGACCCGGACAAGUUCGCCAGCAACACGUUCCCGAUCAGCAAGGCGGUGCCCACCGUGAUCCUGACGCGGACAUUGAGCAACAAUGAGUCGAUGUCCAGCGCGAAGAGGCCCGAGGACUCGUUCCCGGAGUCGCGGGGCAAGGUGCAGUCGCUGACGAAGAUCUUCGAGACGCCGAAGAGCGAGCAGCAGCCGCCGGUGGCCGGGUCCGAGCAGAGGAAGAAGGUCGAGAGGACCAGGUCGUUCAAGACCAUCGAGAGAUUCCAGAGCCGGUUCACCGGCAGGAAGGACGCCAGCAGGAAGGACAACCGUCUGAAUAACACGAUCGCCUGCUUCGAGGUGGAGGACGAGGACCCGAAGAGGAAGACCGAAGAGAAGCGGGCCGGAAAGAUCGCCGAGUCGAAGGCGAACGGAGCCGCCAAGAACGCGUCCUCCGAGACCAGGAGCAAGCAGAAUGGGAACACCACGUUCACCAACUUGUUGAUACGCAGGACCCACAGCACCAAGUUAGCCAGGAGCACCAGCACCCUGGUCAAGGUGCCCGGCAGGCACGUGUCGGUCGACAGCCCCUGCGGCGUCGCGACGCCUGCCAGAAACGAGAACCGAUCAGGCAGCGAGAAAUCCAAGGAUGACGAGACGCCCGAUGACUCUGUCGUGGAUAAUGACGAAGGCACCGAGUCGUCUGUCUUCGAGGACGCCGACGUGGACGCUGGGAUUCAUUCAGGUGAGUCCGAAAAACCAAAACACAAGACAGUGGCUCUCCGUUCCCGCGAGCGUCUCGACGAUACGUCCUACGAGAAGGCCUGUCGAAGGGGUAGCGCACCAGCCACCCCUGUCCUCGGAGCACGACCCUUGGACGUCACCCCCAACAGAAUCGUCAAUUUCUUCUCGAAGAGGUCGUUCCGCUCGAACCCGCUGAAGAGGACGAAGAGCGUGACGAAGCUCGAGCGACAGAAGCAACGCGGCGCCGGACUUCGGGGUUGCCGUUCACACGAGUCCCUCCUCUGCGGACAGGCGGUGACCUCGAUGGACCUCGCGGCCGUGACACCGCUGCAUCCGAGCCUGCUUGGCAGACCUCACUGCUUCCAGGUCACACCCAGCACCGGUGGACCCAAGUAUUUCAGUUGCAGGACCGCUCACGAACGGGACCAGUGGUUACACAGUUUAAGGAAAUCCGUUCAGCCGGACGCAGAGCAAACAAGGCGUACGGACAAUUCUCUGCAGAUAUGGCUGCUCGAGGCGAAAGGUGUGGCGGCGAAGAAGCGAUAUUUUUGCGAGGUCUGCCUAGACAGCACCCUGUACGCGCGAACCACCGCCAAAUUGAAGGCAGACCUCUGCUUCUGGGGCGAACACUUCGACUUCCAUCAUUUGCCUUCUGUCAACACCAUACAAGUGAACUUAUACAGGGAAGCUGACCGAAAGAAGAAGAGAGACAAGAAUGUUCUAAUCGGUUCCGUCAGCAUACCCGUGCACAACGUGACGUCGCGUUAUCUAACAGAAAAGUGGUAUCCGGUGGUUGGAGACAAGGGCCCAUUAAAGGAACCACCGACGCUUAGGGUAAAAUGCCGCUUCCAAUCCGUAGAUAUAUUGCCUGUGCAGGUAUACCAGGAGUUCCUGGAAUACUUGAAGUCGGAUUACAAGUCACUCUGCGAGAAAUUAGAGCCGGUGAUCGCCGUGAAAGCGAAGGAGGACAUCGCCACCGCGUUGGUGGCUGUCAUGCAACGGGAAAAGAAAGCGCCACAGUUUCUUGCUGACUUGGUCAUGAUGGACAUACACAGAAUAGACGACGAGAGGCUCACCUUUCGAGGAAAUUCCUUAGCCACGAAGGCGAUGGAGGCCUAUCUGAAGUUGACGGGCGACAGGUACCUGCAGGAGACCUUGGGUGCUGUAGUCAGGAGCGCAGUAGAGGGUGGCGACUGCGAGGUGGACCCGCUGAAGGUUGCAUCGGUGGCGGCUCUACACAAACAACAACAGAAUUUACGGAACGCAGUAGACCUGGCUUGGGGCAGGAUACUGGCUAGCCACGCACAUUUUCCUCUCGAAUUACGCGAGUGCUUCCGUAUAUUCCGCGAACGCUUGGCCGACAUGGGCCGCGAGGACAUCGCAGACAACCUAAUCUCCGCGAACAUAUUUCUUAGAUUCCUGUGUCCAGCUAUCCUAAGCCCGUCUCUCUUCAACAUAACGCACGAAUAUCCGAACGAAAAGGCAGCAAGAAAUCUCACCCUCGUGGCCAAGACUCUUCAAACACUCGCGAAUUUCACGAGAUUCCAAGGGAAAGAGAACUUCAUGGAAUUUAUGAAUGACCUGCUCGAGCGAGAAGCUCCCUCCAUGAAGAACUUCCUCCAAUUGAUCAGCAGCCCGCUGCCAAAAGACGCGCCAGCGAACAAUUCGCUAGAAUUCGACGGCUACAUAGAUCUGGGCAAGCAAUUGUCUCUGUUACACGCGCUACUGCGAGAGAGUUUAGUCACGAUAUCAUCUUCCUCGACGUCACUGCCCCCGUCCAGGCUUCCGGAGAUCCUGGAUAGGAUCUCGUUAGCUUUGGACCAACCGGGUCCAAGUCCAGUACCAACAUCGCAUCGGUACCCGAACCUACAGAAUAACAUCUUCCGCUACAACGAUCCGACGAUCGCGAACAGCAAUACGAAUCUCUCGGUAUCGGCGACAUCAACGUUGAGUAACCACAGUACCCUAAAUGGGACAAUCAGGGACAGCAACGAGGUGUUGCAAUCGAACACCUUGGGCCACAACAGCUCUCGCAGCCCUAACGUCGCCAGAGCCGCUACUCUUCCUCGGAACGCGUACAUGCCAGCUAACGGGAAGCUCCAGCUGCAGAUCACUACUGACGACUACCCUCUGGAGCCGCCGGCGUUUGUGUCUCGUUCUCCAACGCCCAUCGUGAGACAGCAUCGAGGAAUCGGGACCAACAGGGCCACCGCGGGAUACAGACUGACCGCCAGCGCGAGUUUGGCGAACGUGAAUCACUGCCAGACGCAUCCCACCAGCCCAACAAGAUCCGAGAGCCACAGCAACCUGAAGGACUCGAACUACAAUAUCACAACGUCGCAGAACAACCAGCCGAACAUCUGCACGAUCGUAGCGCAACAGCAACAGCAGAACCACAGACACAACAUAGCGCGACUGCAAAACCUGGACAUACACGACAGAGAGGACAACUACAACCAUAACAACUACAACGUUUCUAGAUCGGCUAGCAGGAACCACUGCAACAAAGAAGAGAACGCUAACCAGACUCAACAUCAGAACUACAACAACGUCUCGAAGACCACGGUGAACGCCAACGUGGUGGUGAACCCGACGUCCAAUUUGACACUGUCCAUCAACCACCAACCGAAUAACAAUUACAAUAACAGUAAGACCAAUAACACGACUGCCAAUGGGAACCUGGAUGAGCUGUCCGACCUGUUGAGGUACGCCGACGACGAGGUCUCGGAGUCCAAGUCUCAGAAGGGCUCCCAGAUCUCUAUUUCUCAAUUGAGCAACGUCGCCUCCUCAGGCUACCAGAGUUUCGCUGCUUAUAGUCAGAGCUCCAGCCCCGUGGACCUCAGCAGCAAUAAUGCGAACGCGCAUAUACUCAGUGCAGCGCCACUAGCUUUCGCAAAUCCCGUUUAUCACAUGGAGCCGAAUCAUGGAAGAAGCGGCAGGAGAGGAAGCAGCAGCUCCGAGGAGAGGGACGGAAGCGGCGGCGGGGUCGAGGGUGUCAGAGGUGUUGACCUUAGCCCGUCUCCCCCACCACAGAACAAUGUCAGGAAUCUCCAGAGGAACAACCAGAAUCAGUGGAGGCAGAACAACCAGACGCAUCGGAAUAACUCGGAACAGAAUCAGAGCGUCUGCUGCACGAAGCUCAGGAGGAGGUUGUCGUUGGACUCGACGAGGGAUUUGUCCGACACUAGUGAGGAGGAGAGCUGCACCACUAGGAGGAGCAAAUCGCGUAGUCACCGUAGCAUCGAUCAGUACGAAGUGGAAAUCGAGAGGCUGCAGAGUAGCGUAGAUCGACUGAGGGCCCGGUUAGGCGCAACCGAGGAUACCGAUAUAGAAGGCGUUGCACCGGAUACCAAGAUGAAGAGCAUCAUCUCCAGGAAUGGUGCAAUUUUGUUGGCCACUACGGUAUGCCACGAGAGGCCCCAUCGAACAACGUCAAACAAAAGAAGAUUAUUAUCAACGGUGUAUCGUUUAAUCUCCGUGGAGGAGGAGCUGCGUCGCGAACAACAGAAGAUGUCGGCCGCGUUGUCGUACAAGCAGCGCGUGAUCGACGCGCAGGAACAGCAAAUAGCCGCCCUGGACGCCGCGAAUUCGCGUCUGAUGACGUCAAACACAAGACUGUUGUCCGCAUUGAGCACCCUGAAGCAACGGUACAACGCGAAGACCCAGUCGAGCAGUGAGGCAGCCGCGUUGCUGCAGAACAUCGCCGACAUCGGCGAGCUGAAGAGCUCGUCCUGUUGAGGACUCCGUGAUCCAGGCGCCGGGGCUACCAACGCGAACCACCGGUGAACACGUACGCAAAGGCUCUGGAAUCCGAGACGAUUCGUCGGAGAUUCCCGCGUCCUCGGACGAAAAUUGAUCGAACGACCAAACAAACGGCGAACGGCAGCAGGAUGAUUUCGAUCAUCGAGCUAGAACACGGAGUUUCUCGGUCGAGAAGACGGCAAAGAGGACAUAUGCGUCUCUCUGGGUCUUCUUCCUCGUCGGAUCGCCUGUAGUUCGCUGACGAGACGAACACGUUUCUGCGCACCCUUGAGGAUCCUCUUCGAGCGCUAGGUUUCAAGAACCUAGGUGAACAUAGAGGAACCUUGAAGAAAGAAAGAAAGAAAGAAAGAAAGAAAGAAAGAGAGAGAGAGAGAGAGAGAGAAAGAGAGAGAGAAUAAGGGUAUACGUGGCGUGCGAAAAUAGAGGCUACCUAGUAAAUAGGCAAACGGUUUAAGUAGAUUAAUUUACGUCGAACUUCACGCGACAUAGCGUUUAGGAUGGAUUUGUACCUAAACUGUGUGUACGAUUGGGACAGUGGAGUCAUCGGGAACACGAUCUGCCUUGCGUCUUUGGGCGGCUUUCCAUCGUUCGACUGGAACGAGCCGGAAAGCCGCGACGGUCUCUCUCGUUCGGUCGAGUCGUCGAAAUCUGUCGGAGGAUCGGGGACGGGGGCCAAGAUCGGUUCGUCGGAUAACGAACGAUGCCUCCGACUUCCGUUCUACUUUUGUUCGUUCGUUUUUAGCAUAUGUACCUUGACGCACAGCCGCAUGCACCGUAACCGCCUAGACCGCAUGUACGAAGCAGUUACAUUUAUGUAUUCGUAUCCGAAUUGGUCGCGCACCCGUAAUGGCGUCCUCGAGCACCGUACCGCGGGACACCCUGUGUAUAUGUGUGUAUAUUUUUCUAGUUUCCAUUUUUACGCGACCGAUUUCAUUUCGACCCGGUUAGCUUUUUAUAACCGUGAGCUCUGGCGAUCCCGUUUUACUCGAGAUCGUUCAACGAUCGGCAGUUCCGAGUCGAGGAAGUGGCGCGUCUUCGCCCCGAAAUUCUUACUUUAAGCGAUGAUAUUUAUUUAGUAGUUUCUACCAAAGAUGAAGAGUUUUUUCAUUGUAAAAAGAGAAAGCGAGAGAUAGAAAGAGAGGGAGAGAGAGAGAGAGAGAGAAAGAAAGAGAGAAAGAGAGAGAGAGAGAGAGAGAGAGAGCGCGCGCGCACAGGCACCAGAGAUUUACGUGUAAGAUAUUUCGUUCCGGCGACGCCGGAAGCGUCAGCGUGUGCCGCGAGAAUUCGAAAUUGCCGAAUCUGUUUGUUGUCUCGAUUUUUCUUCCAAUCUCUUGUUGUUUUCUUCCUUUUUCCCUUUGCCCGUUUUUAAUUGAUUUAGGUUCCGCACCGUUGACGCGUAGUGUUGACGAUCAUCGUAGACUCGGACACGCACGUAGACUCGUCAAUCACGGCGAGUCGCGUUUUUACAUCACACAGGGCCCACACAGAAACGCGCAGAUGAGAAGUAAUCGAUUUAAUCGUAGCCGAGUGUCAUUGAGCGAGGAUGCACGCGUGCGAGAGAUCGAUAGACUGAGAGAAAGAAGGAAUGAGAGAGCGCGAAUGACGGAAGAAUCUGUCCGUAUGAAUGUACGAAUGACGUAGGCGUGUGCGACGAGUGAGAGAUGAUUACGGUUCAGUCUAAUCUCGUUUGAAAAAAGAAAAGUAUUAUUCUUGUCGACUUGUAUCAUAGCUUAUCGUCGAGCGUCUGUGAGAACGUUUUAUUUUCUCGCUUUCCGCCGAUUAUUUUUGUAUAGAGAUGUAUCUACCCCCUCACCUCCUCACUUUUAUGUCUCACUUCUUAAUCUUCUCCAUCCUCUCUCCCGUCCUUCGAUCCUUCCCCACCCGUUCGAUCCUACUUUCCUCUCGAUUUUAUUGUUCCCUUUCUUUUUUUGUACGUUCUUUAACAUACACACUCACACCGAAAGUAUUUUCUAUCGUCGAGCUUUCACACACCACGAAAUUAAUAUAUUUAAUAGUAAUCCCCUCCUCACUUCCCCUAGACCCCCAUCUUGUUGGACGAUGUAAUCGAUAAACGAUAAAAAUAAUCUAUUUAAAAUGACUUGAAUAGCGUGUACAUUGCUAAGUUUUUUGGUAUAUUCGUUUCUGCAAUACAUCAUCUGUAUUUAAGCGUAUAGUAUCUAUUAGUAACAAUACAUGAACAAAUAAAUAUGAUUAGACAUAUUAAAA